ACCCUCAGGCUCAAAUCCCCUCACUUCCUAACCCGCUUGGUGCAUCUGCUCCAUGUAGAGUUGAUCUUGGCAGAGCUACAUUUGUCUGUUGUUCAUGACUGUACAAGAGGGGCUUAGCUACCACUCCCAACCCUGUAAACUAAAGCCAGGUUUUAGUCAUAGAAACUUAAAUGACUGUUGGGCAAUAUGAACAUAAUCCAAUAACAUCAAAUCCAAUAAUUCAUAAUUAUUGUCUAGAUGUAUUUGUAUGAAACCAGCUACUUUUUCCUUAAAGAUGCAAAAUCAAAACCCUCCUUGAGCAGCUCCCAUAAUUGCAAUGAUUUCUCUUGACAAUAUGCUUUUAGAAAGAACACUGAGACCUCUCUUUCGUUGAAAAUAGAGAGAUAAUCAUUCUAAAUGCACCCAAUUUGCUUUUCCAUUAUGAGAUUAAAGGGACUUUGAUAUUAUGCAAGAUUAUGUACUGUGUAUCUCCUAGCAGAUGACUAGCACUGUCAUUUUACAUACAGUGGGGAAAAAAAGUAUUUAGUCAGCCACCAAUUGUGCAAGUUCUCCCACUUAAAAAGAUGAGAGAGGCCUGUAAUUCUCAUCAUAGGUACACGUCAAUUAUGACAGACAAAAUUAGAAGAAAAAAAAUCCAGAAAAUCACAUUGUAGGAUUUUUAAUGAAUUUAUUUGCAAAUGAUGGUGGAAAAUAAGUAUUUGGUCACCUACAAACAAGCAAGAUUUCUGGCUCUCACAGACCUGUAACUUCUUCUUUAAGAGGCUCCUCUGUCCUCCACUCGUUACCUGUAUUAAUGGCACCUGUUUGAACUUGUUAUCAGUAUAAAAUACACCUGUCCACAUCCUCAAACAGUCACACUCCAAACUCCACUAUGGCCAAGACCAAAGAGCUGUCAAAGGACACCAGAAACAAAAUUGUAGACCUGCACCAGGCUGGGAAGACUGAAUCUGCAAUAGGUAAGCAGCUUGGUUUGAAGAAAUCAACUGUGGGAGCAAUUAUUAGGAAAUGGAAGACAUACAAGACCACUGAUAAUCUCCCUCGAUCUGGGGCUCCACGCAAGAUCUCACCCCGUGGGGUCAAAAUGAUCACAAGAACGGUGAGCAAAAAUCCCAGAACCACACGGGGGAACCUAGUGAAUGACCUGCAGAGAGCUGGGACCAAAGUAACAAAGCCUACCAUCAGUAAAACACUACGCCGCCAGGGACUCAAAUCCUGCAGUGCUAGAUGUGUCCCCCUGCUUAAGCCAGUACAUGUCCAGGCCCAUCUGAAGUUUGCUAGAGUGCAUUUGGAUGAUCCAGAAGAGGAUUGGGAGAAUGUCAUAUGGUCAGAUGAAACCAAAAUAUAACUUUUUGGUAAAAACUAAACUUGUCGUGUUUGGAGGACAAAGAAUGCUGAGUUGCAUCCAAAGAACACCAUACCUACUGUGAAGCAUGGGGGUGGAAACAUCAUGCUUUGGGGCUGUUUUUCUGCAAUGGGACCAGGACGACUGAUCCGUGUAAAGGAAAGAAUGAAUGGGGCCAUGUAUCGUGAGAUUUUGAGUGAAAACCUCCUUCCAUCAGCAAGGGCAUUGAAGAUGAAACGUGGCUGGGUCUUUCAGCAUGACAAUGAUCCCAAACACACCGCCCGGGCAACGAAGGUCCUGGAGUGGCUUAGCCAGUCUCCAGAUCUCAACCCCAUAGAAAAUCUUUGGAGGGAGUUGAAAGUCUGUGUUGCCCAGCGACAGCCCCAAAACAUCACUGCUCUAGAGGAGAUCUGCAUGGAGGAAUGGGCCAAAAUACCAGCAACAGUGUGUGAAAACCUUGUGAAGACUUACAGAAAACGUUUGACAUGUGUCAUUGCCAAUGAAGGGUAUAUAACAAAGUAUUGAGAAACUUUUGUUAUUGACCAAAUACUUAUUUUCCACCAUAAUUUGCAAAUAAAUUCAUUAAAAAUCCUACAAUGUGAUUUUCUGGAUUUUUUUUCCUCAUUUUGUCUGUCAUAGUUGACAUGUACCUAUGAUGAAAAUUACAGGCCUCUCUCAUCUUUUUAAGUGGGAGAACUUGCACAAUUGGUAGCUGACUAAAUACUUUUUUUCCCCACUGUACAUACUAUCAGUGACCUAUGUAACCCCUCAUUACUACAUAUGAUGUAGCGUCUUGAGAUAAAGUUGUAGGCCUCCUCUGUUUGCAUUUAAAUUAAAGGACUUCCUGCCAUGGGAAACAGGUCGUACCUGAAGCCACAGAAUAGUGGUGGGUGCUGUCCUCUGUCUCGCCUGUCUACACCUAUAGACUUGGACCCCUACAGGCUCUCUCUGCAGGGUCUGUAGUCUGGACACUCCCCUGUCAAAGCACCAACUACAAGACUGGAGAAACUCUAGAAAAUUUGGCAGGUGAUAUAAGUGCCUAUACAGUACCAGUCAAAAGUUUGGACACACCUACUCCUUCCAGGGUUUUUCUUUAUGUUUAUAAUAAUAGUGAAGACAUCAAAACUAUGAAAUAACACAUAUGGAAUCAUGUAGGAACCAAAAAAGUGUUAAACAAAUCAAAAUAUAUUUUAUAUUUUCAAAUAGCCACUCUUUGUCUUGAUGACAGCUUUGCACACUCUUGGGAUUCUCUCAACCAGCUUCAUGAGGUAGUCACCUGGAAUGCAUUUCAAUUAACAGGUGUGCCUUCUUAAAAGUUAAUUAGUGGAAUUUCUUUCCUUCUUAAUGCGUUUUAGCCUAUCAGUUGUGUUGUGACAAGAACAGCUCAAAUAAGCAAAGAGAAACAACAGUGCAUAAUUACAUUUAAGACAUGAAGGUCAGUCAAUACGGAACAUUUCAAGAACUUUUCAAGUUAAUUCAAGUGCAGUCGCAAAAAUCAUCAAGCGCUAUGAUGGAAAUGGCUCUCAUGAGGACCGCCACAGGAAUGGAAGACCCAGAGUUACCUCUGCUGCAGAGGAUAAGUUCAUUAGAGUUACCAGCCUCAGAAAUUGCAGCCCAAAUAAAUGCUUCACAGAGUUCAAGUAACAGACACAUCUCAACAUCAACUGUUCAGAGGGGAUUGUGUGAAUCAGGCCUUCAUGGUCGAAUUGCUGCAAAGAAACCUCUACUAAAGGACACCAAUAAGAAGAAGAGACCUGCUUGGGCCAAGAAACACGAGCAAUGGACAUUAGACCGGUGGAAAUUUGUCCUUUGGUCUGGAGUCCAAAUUGGAGAUUUUUGGUUCCAACUGCCGUGUCUUUGUGAAACGCGGUGUGGCUGAAUGGAUGAUCUCCGCAUGUGUAUUUCCCACCGUAAAGCAUGGAGGAGGAGGUGUCCUGAGUGGCGCAGUGGUCUAAGGCACUGCAUCGCAGUGCUAACUGUGCCACUAGAGAUCCUGGUUUGAAUCCAGGCUCUGUUGCAGCCGGCCACGACCGGGAGACUCAUGGGCGGCACACAAUUGGCCCAGCGUCGUCCAGGGUAGGGGAGGGAAUGGCCGGCAGGGAUGUAGCUCAGUUGAUAGAGCAUGGCGUUUGCAAUGCCAGGGUUGUGGGUUCGAUUCCCACGGGGGGCCAGUAUAAAAAAAUAUGUAUUCACUAACUGUAAGUCGCUCUGGAUAAGAGCGUCUGCUAAAUGACGUAAAUGUAAAAUGUAAAUGUGUUAUGGUGUGGGGGUGCUUUGCUGGUGACACUGUCUGUGAUUUAUUUAGAAUUCAAGGCACUCUUAACCAGCAUGGCUACCACAGCAUUCUGCAGUGAUAUGCCAUCCCAUCUGGUUUGGGCUUAGUGGGACUAUCAUUUGUUUUUUAACAGGACAAUGACCCAACCCACCUCCAGGCUGUGUAAGGGCUAUUUUACCAAGAAGGAGAGUGAUGGAGUGCUGCAUCAGAUGACCUGGCCUCCACACUCCCCCGACCUCAACCCAAUUGAGAUGGUUUGGAAUGAGUCGGACCGCAGAGUGAAGGAAAAGCAGCCAACAAGUGCUCAGUAUAUGUGGGAACUCCUUCAAGACUGUUGGAAAAGCAUUCCAGGUGAAGCUGGUUGAGAGGAUACCAAGCGUGUGCAAAGCUGUCAUCAAUGCAAAUGGUGGCUAUUUGAAGAUUCCCAAAUAUAAAAUAUACUGUGAUUUGUUUAACACUUUUUUGUUUACUACAUGAUUCCAUAUGUGUUAUUUCAUAGUUUUGAUAUAUUCACUAUUAUUAUACAAUGUAAAAAAUAGUACAAAUAAAGAAAAACCCUUGAAUGAGUAGGUGUGUCCAAACUUUUGACUGGUAGUGUAGGUGAUACGAGUGUAUAAAGAGCUAUCUAAAAUAAAAAUGUUAGCAGUUAAAUUAGGUUUCCCUCAAUAGCAGCAACAUGAGAUGAGAGGGGGUUGGUUGGCUGGGUGCUCGAUUGGAUGCCAUGUGGCUGACUGGUGAAAAACUGUUACUUAGGAAGACCAUUUCUACCUUAGAGAAUGAUGCAGUGCUGUGAAAUCAGCUCCAGUGACAAGUAAUCGUGUGUUUCUGUCACUUUGCAGGGAUGAUGACACAAUAGCUAGUGCAGUAGGAAAAAAAACUGAAUGGGAUGGGCAUUGUUCGAUUUCAUUUGGCAUUUCAGGCGUAAGACAGGAACGAGAGGAAAUCAUUAUUGCUUCCGUCUCUGUCCCAUCAGAGCAUGUUAUAGGUAUCAUUCAUCCCUGUGAAACAAUUGCUAUUGCUCCUUUUCCAUUCAGAGAGGAGAGAUGUUUGUUUUGGUUAUGACAUAGCCCACGGCCAUGUUGCCAUUUCUACUACUCUCAUAUAAUACCAUCAUUGUUGCCUUGCCCCCAAAUCAGUGAUAAAUAUCACACUGAUUAAACAAACUCAGGAUAGAUGCCAUGGCUAAUUCCUAACAGGACUAAAGAGUCCCGUUGAGUCCCAUACCCUUAUCAGACAAGUGCAGAGGAUAACAAUAUCCCUAACCUAUUCUUCUCAGAUCUGUUUACUAUGUCAGAUUACUCCUAUGAGACCAAAUGUGUCACAUGAGUUGAGUUGGCAUAUCUGUUGCUAUUACACUUCCUAGCUUUCCAAAAAUAGCCUCCUUAUAUUAGUGUAAUUAACUUACACUAGUGAUAAGCUGGUAUUAGUGACUCUGAAUCGCGUGUGUGGGAGAAUACAGUGUAUAUGUGUGUGUGGGGGAAAGGGGAAACUUAAACUGUAGAUGGUUUUAAGCUGUAUGUUGCAACCUUAACACAUCACGGGCCAGACAGUGGAACACAGAUUCAGUUUUCAGAGCUUUAUUGACCCUUUGUAUUGUCAGGCUCCAUCCAUUCUUCAUUCUAGGAAAUUGAUUAUUGAGCAGUCUGGUUACAGUAAUAUCCGGUUCACAUUCAGUGGGUCGGUGCAAUACUGCAAAAUGUCAGAGAUAGAAAUUACAUUCAUGGAAUUUACAAGGUUCUCUUCUCAAAAACGGUGAAUGGUAAUUUUUUACAUUGAAACACAAGAGGAAAGAUUAAUUGAAAGUGCAUUGUCCAUUAGACUGGGGUUGGGAUGACGAGAUAGAGCCAGUCAGAUAAACAGAGAUGUCCCUGAUGUUUUCCUCUUGCAUGUGUCACCUGUCUAAAGCUGUUAGCCCAGUUAGCAUGAGACGAGACCUACAGUGUGAGCUGGACCAAUCACAGGCAGAAGGUUAAUCUUUUUGACCAUAUCAGUGACAGGGACACAAACUCAUACACAAACUCAUAUACACACACACACACACACACAUCAAUAUAUUUUCACUCCCAAAGCUAGUUUGAAUAAGCAUGUUUCCCUUAAUCCAAAUCCAAGUCACAGAUCAGACAUCCAAUUUUGCAGUGGGCAAAUAUUAUUUACAGAAUACAGUCAGUUAUCAAGCCGUCAACAGACUGGAAUGGAGUUUGAAGUAGGGAUUAUGAAAUACUUUAGGGUUUAUGUUAACUUGGAGGAUUACCUUGGUCUUGUCUGAUGCCAGAUGCAGUGGGAAGGUCCUUGUACAGUAUUGAUGGCUGUGUGUUACUUUAUGUCAGAGGUUUGAAUUGAAUGUUUGUUUCUGUGUUUUCAGGUUGGGAGAUAUGUAAAGGAGUGUGAGGGACGGCGAUGGGAUUGGAGAGGCUGUGGCUUCUGGGUGUCACCACUGCUGUUGCCCUCUGUCUGCUGCGUAAGUAUCAUACUGUACAGUACAUUUGCUAUGCUCAUACAAUUUUAUUGGUUUCUCUCCUUACACCUGCCUUGCUCUCCUAGCUACCCAAGUAAUUCACUUCAUACAUUUCUAUUACAAUGGUACAUCAAUAUUGUGAAGUUAUGUACUGUAAAACACAUCAUAUAAAAUGUGCCUCUAGAGAAAUCCUCUCAUCCAAUUCACUAUCUGCCUCUCACCAUUUCUGUCUUUCUUAAUCCUUUUCCACCCUUAUACUACCUAGGUAUUUUCCUCUGUAGUUUAUACCACUCUCUUUACAUUCCUUGUUUACAUGGACGCUUAUGUAAUGGCAUAGAGUCCUAGGCCUUGGCUCUCAUGUACUGGUUGGGGGACGUUUCUGAAUGUACUCCCUAGAACAUAUGAUUUAAAGCAUCAUACUGAUAAGUCUCUGACAUCAGUCACUAUGUACAUGUGACCUGGAUUGGGGAAAGUGAUGAGGAGGGGGUCAGGAGGUCUAGACACAAGUGUAUACAAGGGAAUGGGGUGAAAUCUAAAAAAUAUAUCUGAUGGUGCGGAUUUAGAUUAAUCUGGGAUUUAUACUGGCCCCAUCCCAAAGGCACGCUUCUAGGGGGAGGGGAGUUUAGUGGAGCUAGGCCAUGUGUGGACCCCAGGGGGUCGUGGAGCGGGAGGGAGGGGUGAGAGGCCUGCUGCCCUACCAUCUAUCAGGGAGUGUCCCCUUUUGAGCGAAGCACUGCCGCAACGCGUUAUAUUUUACGGAGAACACUGCAGCAGAAGCGAACUUCUUCCGUUACUCUUUAGUCUACGUGAGGCUACAAUACCUUGAGUUUCCCUGGGAAGCUGUGAAGCGCCGGGGAAGCUGUGAAGCGAGCUGUAGCCAAUCGCGUGAUUGUGUUUAUGAGUUUGUUAUUAAAGAAUGUGAAGCAAUGUUUAUGUUUACUGCUUUUCAUUAAAUAAUGCAUGGCUAUAAAUAUUGUACAGUCGUGGUCAAAAGUUUUGAGAAUGACACAAGUAUUGGUCUCCACAACGUUUGCUGCUUCAGUGUUCUUAGAUCUUUAUGUCAGUAGUUACUAUGGUACACUGAAGUAUAAUUUCAAGUAUUCCAUAAGUGUCAAAGGCUUUCAUUGACAAUGACAUUCAGUUUAUGCAAAGAGUCAAUAUUUGCAGUGUUGACCCUUCUUUUUCAAGACCUCUGCAAUCCGCCCUGGCAUGUGUCAAUUAAGUUCUGGGCUACAUCCUGACUGAUGGCAGACCAUUCUUGCAUAAUCAAUGCUUGGAGUUUGUCAGAAGUUGUGGGUUUUUGUUUGUCCACCCGCCUCUUGAGGAUCGACCACAAGUUCUCAAUGGGAUACCUUUUGCAGAAUAUCAGUCUGUCCCUGAUGUUUUUCCUGGAGAGAAGUGGCUUCUUUGCUGCCCUUCUUGACACCAGGCCAUCCUCCAAAAGUAUUCGUCUCACUGUGCAUGCAGAUGCACUCACACCUGCCUGCUGCCAUUCCUGAGCAAGCUUUGCACUGGUGGUGCCCCGAUCAACAGCUGAAUCAACUUUAGGAGAUGGUCUUGGCGCUUGCUGGACUUUCUUGGGUGCACUGACGCCUUCUUCACAACAAUUGAACCUCUCUCCUUGAAGUUCUUGAUGAUCCGAUAAAUGGUUGAUUUAGGUGCAAUCUUACUAGCAGCAAUAUCCUUGCCUUUGAAGCCCUUUUUGUGCAAAGCAAUGAUGACAGCAUGUGUUUCCUUGCAGGUAACCAUGGUUGACAGAGGAAGAUCAAUAAUUUCAAGCACCACCCUCCUUUUAAAGCGUCCAGUCUGUUAUUCUGACUCAAUCAGCAUGACAGAGUGAUCGCCAGCCUUGUCCUCGUCAACACUCUCACCUGUGUUAACGAGAGAAUCACUGACAUGAUGUCAGCUGGUCCUUUUGUGGCAGGGCUGAAAUGCAGUGGAAAUGUUUUUUGGGGAUUAAGUUCAUUUUCAUGGCAAAGAGGGACUUUGCAAUUAAUUGCAAUUCAUCUGAUCACUUCAUGACAUUCUGGAGUAUAUGAAAAUUGCCAUCAUCAACACUGAGGCAGCAAACUGUGUGAGACCAAUACUUGUGUCAUUCUCAAAACUUUUGACCAUGACUGUAUAUGCAUUCAUUCAUAUGGGCAGAUUAUUGUAUAUAUAGCCUAUAGAAAUUGGUUCAGAUAUAGCCUCAAAUAAACGUGUUCAUAUGGGCAGAAUAUUGUAGAUAAAUUCAUUAAUAUGGUUACAUAAAGGCUGAAGGCUAAAAACAGCCUAUACUAUAUCUAGGUCUAAAUCUAGUUUCUACAAUGUGUUUUCGUUUUAAAUAAUGUAUUUUCCCUCCAAAUAGGCGCAAGCCGUGUGUACCACGGUCCACAACUUGGUCGGUUUCUUCCUGGGUCACCAGGCUUCUCUCCUUUAGGGUAAUCAUCACCUUUCGGAUCUGAAUCCAACAUUGUCUGCGAUAUGGUUGUGUUCUCCAGAUAAAUUGGAGAUAACGCGUCAACACCUAGCCCACUGUGCGCAAUUGUGUAGGCCAAAAGGCUAUUGCUCAACACCCAACGGUAUUUUCCUUACCAUUAUUCAGGACAUUUAGACAACAAAUGAGUCGCCUGGUGGGUUUAUAAACCAAAUGAACUGGUUAUAACAUUUCACGACAAAGAAGUAUUCAAGUAUAGUCCUAGAUCUAUUGUGUUGUUAGACCCAAUGUGUCUCUCCUUACUGAUGACAAUGAAUGAAUGGUGGGCGAUCGAAUUGUGUAUGUGACUUGAUUGAAUUAGAAUUAUGUGAAUUGCCUAAUGAUAAUGAUGAUGUGUGAGCCCAGUAACAGAUUGACUGCAGUCCCUUUAAUCAUAGGCUAUUGUUAAUUUGAGUUUCUAAAAUCACAAUGUUUCCAUUACUAUAGUCAUGUGACAAAUUGUCUUUUUUUGUUUUUUUUAAACAUAUGUUGGCCUUUUACCAGAUCCUUAUAUUUUUGCAUGGACUGUAUAUUUCCAUAACUUAUCAAAUUUCCGUAGGCUAUAGGUUUAUAGGCAGGCCUAAUAACCUGCCGAUAUUAACAAUAGCCAUACAUGAUUUAAUGAAAAGCAGCAAACAUACACAACAUUGUUUCACGUUCUUUAAUAACAGACUCAAACACGCAAUUGGCUACUGCUCUUUCACAGCUGUUUCCCGCCCAAAUGCAGGGAAACUCAUCAUAUUGUACAAUACAAACAUUGAGUACACAGAGGGGUCUGUACGCUACGCUGUGUUGUACCUUCGCUGUCGUGUUUUGCUCGACAAAAAGACGACACGUAAACCCUUUGAGAUUAGUACUUAAUCACCAGGCUAGACGAGGUGCAGAGACAACACAACAAUGCCAGGCACCCGGUUGCAGGCUCUGGCCCAGGUGUCGUUAAUGAGAUUGCAGCAUGUCUACAGAGCCAGUUGCAGCCUAGCGAUCUUGUCACAAAAUGGAGUACCAUUGUUUUAUAUGGCCUCCGUGUGCCUGCUUUAAACAGAGCAUACUCUGGAGAAUUGAAUGUGUGUUUAUGUUUACAUUUAAAUAUAUGUUUAUGCUGUCAACUCUAAUCUCUUUUCCCUUAGACCUACUGCAUGUUAUUUUCUCAAUGUCCUUCCAGUUUUUCUCUAUCCAAUCCUUUUGGUUUUAGCCCUGUUUCUCCUGUCUUUGUCCUCCACUUCCCUCUCAUGAAACGAAGCUGUUGCUGCAAAACAGUGCUAUCAUAAGUUCUCUGCCCUGCAAAAAAUAAAUUGAAUAUUUAAUCAGUAUCUUCCUGGAAUGUAUAACCAGAAAUGCCACUGAAUGCAUUUAGAAAAAACCUCAAAGUUGAUCUGGUUCUGUAUAACACUCAAACCUACGUGGAACAGAUCCACAUAAUUUGUGGAUGUUAAGGAGCUCUUAAAUAUUGAUUUAUGUUGUGGGUGUUGACUGUUGACCGUUCAGGCAUCAACAUGUUUUACUGCAGAUUCACCAGUCAUGCUCAGCCUUCCUCCAUGGUAUUAUUGUUAUAUAUGUGCAUUCUCCUCAGGUACGUCCCAGGGUGUGGAGGCGGUGGUCCGAGCCAGGGUUGGGGGGACUGCAGAGCUCAGUUGCAGUCUUACCCCCCCUUCUACAGGAGCCACCACCCCAAACCUGUUCCCACUGCACGUGGUGGAGUGGGUUCGCCUGGGUUACAAUGUUCCCAUCCUCAUCAAAUUCGGAGUUUAUGCACCACGCGUGCAUCCCAACUACAAGGGUGAGUCCUCUUGUCCUAGAUCUAUGUCUUAUCACUGCUUCUUUACAAUUAUGUCAUGCACAGGAAAGGCAUUGUGGAAGUUGCAGUUAUACACCAUGACUGAACAUUUUAACCUUUUGGUUCUCACUUUCAGAGUCCUGGUGCAAUUUCAUCUUUUGUCCUGUUUGUUUAUUGGGAGCCAUUUGCCUGCACACAACAGCCCAGUGCAUUCCUUAGUGUCUUUUACAGUGCAGUGUAUGGGAGAAGGACAAAGGAGAGUUUAACCUCAAUAACCUAGACGUGACGAUAGCAGUUGUGGUUUCUCAAAGGAGUGAAGAGAAGGACCUGACAAAUUUCUCUGAUUAUAUCUGAAGAGAUUGCGUGCAAUAAGGUUGCAUUGUCUUAAAACAACUUUCAAUGACCUUCCUUUGAGCCUUUCUUUCCCCUGAACAGGGGCUGGCUGGGAAUGUGCUUUAAGUACAGCUGUUCUGUUUUGAGUGGGGGUGGGGAAGGGGGCUACAUUGGUAUUUUUGAAUGUUGGGAGGUUUCCGUGGUGAGAAUACCCCAAAUAGGUAAUCCACCCAAUUAAGAGCCCUGUAAUUAGACUGUGUGUCUGUGUGUGGUAGGGCAGCGGUAAGGCAGGGGACUGGGACAGGGACCAGGCGAGGACAGAAAUAUGUUAAUGGUUCGGUCAGGGGGGUGGGAUGACAGGCGGGGCUGUGUGUGGAUGUUUGUGUGUGUGUCUGUGUGCGUGUGUGUGUAUGUGAGUGCAAGUGGAAUAUGGAUUAAAGAGAGUGGGGUUAAAUUGAGGCAGGCUUGAGUGAGGUGGGGGCUGGUGGUCUGAUGACAGUUUGUUAUUGGUAUUCAGAGGGGUGACCUUGUUUUGCUGUAAGGAGGAUGGAUGAAUCAUAUGGAAUAUUAGAGUUUUCUUUCCUAGAGUACCAUAAUCUAGUCAUUGUCUCUCGGAGAACAAAAGACAAAGGCUAUGUCACACCCAACCCGUCCUCUGACAGAGCCCAUGCCAAUACAAAUCCCAUACCCUCUCAUCUAGGUCACUGAACUGGCAGGAAGCUUUUCAUGUCCACCGAGAGUUGGUUUUCACUUAAAAACUAUCAAUAGAUGCAUUCAGCUAUCUCACUGAAGAUCAUAUAGACCCUGGCGUGCACUGGACACCCACCAGGCUCUGACCACUCAGGAAUGGCCAGGAGAGCACUGGCCAACAGAUGUCUGGCUGUCUAUCUGACCCACCCAUAGAUAGGCCAUUAAUAGUGUUAUUAUUUUAGGGCUAUCAUGUGAUGCUCCAUGACCCAGAAUUCAUCACUCGGGUAAAAACAACAGAAAAGAAACAACAACAAUCUAGUUUUGAUGAGGGAUAUUCUCCCUCUCUGUGUGCCUGGUCUCUGCUUAACCCCUGUCUGCCUCAUAUCCUCUCAGCUCCCCUCCCUCUGGAGGCAGAUGGCAACAUGUGAAGCGUAUCAGCGCUGCAGAUCUAAUGUAUUCUACCCUCAAAUUAAAAUGUUUUGGGAUUUAACCACAGCCCCACCUCACUAGACAGUAUGAAACACAACCACUUCCUGGUCUCUGUCUCAAGCAGUCUAUGCUCAGGGACAAACAAGCACAACUUUUUAGUAAGGGGAAGAAAUGCCUCACUGUUGUUCAACCUUAUCAUCUGUCAUCGCUGUCUCUAAUGUACAAUCUUGCCCUGAUGCCAUCCGCCAACCUAAAAAUGUCACAUGCAAGAAUGAGAGGAAGCGUUAUCUUUGAUGAGGGCAUAAUAUUGUCAUGGGUUUAACCUCCAAUUGUUCAGAUACGAAAUCAGGUGUAUUUCAGAUGACAGUGAGUUCUUGAGGAGUGCUUGCUGUGUCUAUGUCUGUGUCUGUGCCAUAGAGUAAUGUCCUUCUGUUGACCCCAUUAGAAGCCCAUCCCUCUGAAACACAGACAGAUUACUUGUGCAGGCUGCUCUGCAAAUCUUUUAUUUCUGGAGGGAAUCAGAAACCCUUUUGAAGUAGGCUUCCCAGUGCCACAUCCUUCUUCCCCCGUGUCUCUUUUCUAAACAUGCCCUGGAGGACUCAACUGACAAAAGAGAGGAACAGACAAAUAAAUAGUGACUGAAAGUGCAGUCAACUUGACUGGUGAAGUCUGUUCAAGUUGUGCUUGUUGAGGAAAUUUUUUAGUCCAGGCUAGCCUGUGAGUCUCCCUGCACUGGAUGCCCUGUCAGGGGCACUUACUCUAAAAAAGGGCAGAUCAAAUGUGUCCUCUCUGCUGAAGUAAAUGAGUGGAGACGUUAUGGAGGGGGUAGAACGACAGCGGCAAAACCCCUGACUCAGCCCAGCAGGCCCCCAUCACUCGGUCUCAGUGUGAGCAAUAAAAUAACAAUAAUGAGGCUAUAUACAGGGGGUACCAGUACCGAGCCAAUGUGCAGGGCUACAGGUUAGUCGAGGUAAUUUGUACAUGUAGGUAGGGGUAAAGUGGGGUGGUGGCAUGUUCUCCAGCUCUGAGGUGCUCCGUCAGGACAAAGGCUUUGUUACUUCAUCUCACAGCGCUGUUGGUGUGUCCCAUGUGCCCGGAAUCAGAGCAGAGGGAGGGGGUCAGGCCCAGUAUUGUGCUGCCUGGGAGCUUUUGUUAGGCCCAAGCACUGCCUGGGAGGUUCUACCUUAUCCCAGACCUGAGAGAAGAGAGAAGCUUUGGUUGAGCCAGGCCUCUGUUAUCUACUGUUGGAAGAGUGAUUUACAAGGAUAGGGUUAUAAGUUAGGCUUAACAUGUGUGUUAUUACACCACUCCACUGAAAGGCUUGAUUCAUUAUGUAGAAUGCACUUAAAGAGGUUUAAACUGAUGCAUCAUGUUAGUAUGCAAGUAAAGAAGUUUAAACCGUUGGACUUGCCUGAAUGAGCAAAAAAAAAAUGCUGCAUCUAUUUUGGAAAGGUCAAUCUAACUGUCAAUUAUCUACCAGCACAUCAUGUGUGGAAUACAGAAGGGAUUAGGAGAGAACUUACAUUUGCAUGAACAUAUGCACAUGGUAAUUUCUAAGUCAUGUCUUAGUAAGUGUCAAAUACAGUGUUGUUAAAAACAGCAAUGACACAUUGUCACCCUUCCGUGCUCUGUCACAGACCAUGGUUGACUAGUUGCUUCUAAAUUGCUUGUUCUCUGUUGGCCAAGUUGUCUGAGUGCUGAAGUUUGGAUGUGUCAAGCAGUGGCUUGAACAUGUGAGCAGAGGUUAACACAGUCGGACAGAGAGCGAGGGACAGAGUUAACUGUAAUCGCUUGACAAAGAGCUAUUCAUAAGAGGGUUAAACUGAUUAGGGGAGAGGAGGAUUGAAGAGAGAAAUGUUGGGGAAAGGGAGGGGUGGGCUGUCAGGGGCUGGGGUACGGCCCCAGACUUAUGAUUGUAUUCAAAUCAAAACACAUCCCACAAUGCACCUCUGCCCAUCUCCCUUAAACACAUACGGAACAGACAAAGAACAACAAAACGUCUCUAAACAGAAUGAUCUGUCUUCCUCCAUAGGUGCCACUGUUAUUGUAGGAUAUGAAAUUCUGCAUAUCCCCGCGCAUUAGAACGUGUAAAUACGUGGCAGUGGGAACCACCAUUGCAACAUUUACAUGUCCAUUCCAUUACCUCUGAACAAUAGAGCAUUAUCCCAGAGAUUUAGCUCUGAAAGGCUGCAUGGACCACAAUUAACAUUUGCCACACACAAUCACUGCAUCGGAAGAGUUGGCUUCCAUAAUGUGUGACACCCAUCUUGAAUGGAAUUAUGUGGGUAAAAUGAAUAUGAUUUUAACUAGUUUCAAUAAAGUAAGCAUGGGAGCACAGCGAUUUUAAAUACAAUGCAGUACACCACAUAGAGCUUCCUUGUAUAUUAAAACCCCAGGCCAUGGUUACAUAAAAACAGUUGUCAGAGUACAGGCUUGACAGUUUUCUGGCAGUGCAGUGAGCGGUGCAGCUCAGAAAAAGCUGAGUGAUUUUUAACCCGCCAUCCACUGGGGGAGAACCUGACUCUGGCUAAUGUGAAGAGGGUGGUGUAUUUUAGAGAGGCACACUGAACUGAACGGGUGGAUUAGAGUUUCCAUUUUGCACCCUUCACUGCACACCAGCAGGACUUGUCAGAAUAGCGGCUCAUUUUAAGGUAGACUGGAGCCAUCAUGUGAUAUCUGGGGGUGGAAAAACAGUGAGGAGAAGAGACAGGAGAAAGCAGCAGCUGUUGUUUCUCUGCCUCUGUGUUGUAUAGACUAGUGUGGUGGAGGACCUCUGGACAUUGUGCUAAUGCAGACCAAGGGGGAGUGAACAAUGCCUCUGCUGGAGUGUUGCAGGCUCACUGAGGUCACAGAGGUCUCUCACUCAUUGGUAGCAGUCUGUGAAUUAUUGAUCCAAAUACCCUCCAUAACCUCUCCAUAACCUCUCAUUGUAUUCCUUGUGGAAUGCAGCGAUGGGACGCUUAACCGUUUUUGAUCAAACUUGGUCAUUUUUUAUGAGUAUUCAGAUUUUGAGUUGGGAUGGAUUGGAAAUUCUUCACAGAUUUAAUUUGGAACAUUAUUUUAAAUAAUGUGGUAGAGACCUGUCUGUCCAUCUUAGCAAAAGCAAUCAUUAACAGGGCACAUAUUUAUUUUUAUCUUAUCCUAAUUAGAUUUUUAUAAAUGGAAGCAAUUUGGACCAUGGCUAGAAAAGUAAUAUUCAAAUUCAAACAAAUCUGCAUUUGUCACUCUAUGUCAAGGGCUAUUGUCUGACCACAGAUUCAAAUGAAAACAGGCUUUUCUCUCUCUCGCUCUCUUUUUCCUCUCACACUCUCUCCAUUUCACACUGUUUUAUCAGUCACAAGCCAUUUACCCAUUCUUUAAAUCCAAACAUGUUUUCUUCCACGUGUCAUUUUUCAAAUCACAGGCACAAACCCACCCCCUGUGAUCGACCCUCCCUACCCAGUGUUUUGCCGCCGUCGCUCCCCGUUUCUACAGCAACUGAAUUCAAAUCCAAAUGCCCUGCCUGGGGUAUUCUUGGUUUCAUCACUAUGGUAACCUGAGAGAAUUACGAGGGGUGGUGUGGGAGGGGGGUUGCCAUCCCUUUGUAGUGAUGGACAGGCAGGAGGGGAGCAAGAAAUGGUUAAGUGUUUGAUGGUCAAAUGAGAAAUUCCCCAUUGGUAAGCCAGUUGGCACUACACACUCCAGGUUUUGAAAAUCAACACAUAUGCACACUCACACUGGCAUGUAUUUUGAUUAAAUUAGCCAUUAGGAAUUCCAUGGUUUGUGUUUGUUUCUUAAUCAUUCUUAGAGGUGCUGGAAAUCUUAAUGAGCUUAAAAUGUCCCUCAAUAUUUAACCACAUAGGGGUUUGGUGUGAGAGAGAGUCUGUGUAGUGUUGCACAUGAAAGUGUUUUUCCUCCAGUGUACUCACUAGGUGUAGAAUCAAUUCCAUUGCUGUUUGGGAAAAAGCCUGCAUAGGACAUAGGCAGCUCAGGGAGGAUCCCUCACUUUGAGAUAACAGCCAAUGGAUAAAGUAUUUCAUACACCUGUUAUCAUUUCAGCACAUAUUUCCCCCACUGAGUGCUCUAUCAGUUAUCCUAGUAACACUGACCUGGGAUUAAAGGUACCUUUUUAUGGAAGCACAAACUCAGCGCUGCCCAGUAAGGGUUGGAUCUGUGUUUAAGCAGGUCAGUCAAUCACUACCUCGGCACUCAAACCUUACUAUUAACCAAAGCAACAGCCCCAGUCAGGAAUGUGGGGUUAAUUGUUAGUAAUUCCUUUUUCAACACAGUGUGGUGUUUCACCCUGCAGCCUCAAGGCUGUGGGUGCAUAAUUAAUCACAAGGCUACCUCUGGCCACCGCUGGCUGAAGGGAAAACAUAAUGGACAGCUGAAUAGUGUUGCUAUUGUGUUUUCCUCUGAUGUUUUUUGGCAUAAUUUUAAGGUUGAUGUAAAUUCAAUACAUCUCUGUCAUACAACACCCUGGAGAGAUGACUGCAGGAGCUGAACUACAUUUUUACAUUUUAGCAGACGCUCUUAUCCAGAGCGACUUACAGGAGCAAUUAGGGUUAAGUGCCUUGCUCAAGGGCACAUCGACAGAUGUUUCACCUAGUCGGCUCAGGGAUUAGAACCAGCAACCUUUCGGUUACUGGCACAACGCCCUUAACCACUAAGCUACCUGCCGCCCCAACUACAAGAUUGUGUGGCGAAAAGAUUCAAUGAUGAGGGUGCUACUCCGUUUCUAUUCUCAUGGUUAUUCAAUGAACAGACCAGGUUUCAAAUAGGGGCUUUUUACACAUUGUGUUGUCAAUCAUAGGAUUUAGUGUACAAGGUGCCUACAGUCUUUUAUCCAGAUUCUGCAGGCUCUAGAGUUCGAUUGGUUAUCUAUUACAAUUGCUUACUACAGAGGCUUAUAAAGCCUAAGCAUUUAUCAGACCUAAUCAUAUUCCUUGUCAGGGUUAAUUGGUCAAACUAAUUCACCUUGAAAAAGAUGUGGAGCCCUUUCCACUCACAGUCACUGUCACCCCAUAUACGGGUUGAAAAUGGCAGAUUUUGUAAUUGAUAAGUGCCUAAAUUGGAACGCAGUGGUUGUACAGUAACAUGAUAUACAUGUCAGAGCUCAGGUUCUCCGCAUCACAGCGCUGUGUGGGUUUUGACUGACAGCCGUUAUAAAGUUGAGCACCGCAUGCGACAAGAAGAUGCCCCCAUCCCUCCCGCUAAUUGGGCUACUUUUGCACAUUUGUUGUUGUCUGAGUGAGUAAAUUGUAAAUUGAGAGAAGUCAAUGUGUUCUGAAAGAUGAGACGUUGAGGAUUAUUAAAAAUACCGCUUUGAUGUUAUACAAGCAAACCACACACCUGUGAGUCCAAAUGUGCACUUCACAUUUCCAUAUUUGAAAACUCAUGUCAUUUAAGUAUUAACGUUUACGAUCGCUAUGUUUGAUCCACAGUUACAAGAAUGGCAUGCGUUAUACCCUGGGUUGUCCUGAACAGAAUGAGCCUAUGUUUCUCAGAAGUGCAAUUUAAAAGCAUAACACUGUAAGAUCAUAUUUUAUAACUUAGCUAGCCAUGUUGGCAAUAGAACACGCUUUCAAAUUAUGCCCACCUGACCCAGAGUGAGAUUUAUAAUGGAACAUUUGCGUAAACAACAACAGUAAUUGUGUGAUGGUGGGGACACAGGGCUGUUUUCCAAACAAAAAACUACAAGUGUGCUUGCUUCAGUUCCUCAAUGGCAAAGCUAGGAGAGCUAAAAAAAAAAAUUGCACCUUAUAGUUGAAGCUCUUUCCUUGAGUCAUAAAAGUGCAUUGAAAUUACUUAAGAACUGUGCACAGUUUGGAGAGGCGUGUGGCCACUUGGAGACACCAGUUAGACCUCUCACUCAAACCCUUCUAAUAGUUUUUUCUUAUCUUGCACCUACUCCAAAAUUACAAUGAAUAUUCUUAUUAUGUUACUGAAUGUAUCAAGAGUAUUUUCAGAUUUCGUCAUUGACAAAUUCUGUGAAAAGUACAUCAAAUCAACAGUGUAACGUUUGGAUUCAGUCUUGUGUCAGGUGAACUGUUGUGUCCUUACCUUUGGUCUGAUCAUUUCCCAAUAAUCUUCAAAGUGUUUCCUUGCUAUUGCUCAGCCUGGUCUCAUAGACUAGACGUAACAUAGUAAACGAAAAUCCGGGCCAUGAUAUGUUUGGUAUGGUUACAUAAGACAGAAGGUGACUUAAGGCAAAAAUGGGAUCAAGACAAAGGAGAUGAUUGUGGACUACAGGAAAAAAAAGUGGACUGAGCACCAUUCUCAUCGAUGGGGCUGUAGUGGAACAGGUUGAGAGCUUCAAGUUCCUUGAUGUCCACAUCACAAACAAACUAUCAUGGUCCAAACACACCAAGACAGUCGUGAAGAGGGCCUAUUCCCCCUCAGGAGACUGAAAAGAUUUGGCAUGGGUCCUCAAAAAGUUAUACAGCUGCACCAUCGAGAGCAUCCUGACUGGUUGCAUUGCCGCCUUGUAUGGCAACUUGUCGGCCUCCGACCGCAAGGCACUACAGAUGGUAGAGCACAGUACAUCACUGGGGCCAAGCUUCCUGCCAUCCAGGACCUCUAUACCAGGCGGUGUCAGAGGAAGGCCCUAAAAAUUGUCAAAGACUCCAGCCACCCUAGUCAUAGACUGUUCUCUCUGCUACCGCACGGCAAGCGGUACCGGAGCACCAAGUCUAGGUCCAAAAGACUUCUUAACAGCUUCUACCCCCAAGCCAUAUGACUCCUGAACACCUAAUCAAAUGGCUACCCGGACUAUUUGCAUUGUCCCCCCCUCUUUUUACGCUGCUGCUACUCUGUUUAUUAUCUAUGCAUAGUCACUUUAACUCUACCCACAUGUACAUAUUACCACAAUUACCUGGACUAACCGGUGCCCCCGCACAUUGACUCUGUACCGGUACCCCCUGUAUAUAGCCUCCCUACUGUUAUUUUAUUUUACUGCUGCUGUUGAAUUAUUUGCUAUUUUAAUUUUUUACUUAUCUAUUUUUUACUUAACACUUUUUUUAUUUCCUUAAAACUGCAUUGUUGGUUAAGGGCUUGUAAGUAAGCAUUUCACUGUAAGUUCUACACCUGUUCUAUUCGGCGCAUGUGGCAAAUAAAAUUUGAUUUGAUUUGAUAAAGCUACAAACGUUAUUACAUUUAUGGGUAACUGAUUGGGUAAGCCUACAUUUGUUUUGUUCUGAGGGGAUGCAUGAGGUUUCUCUGUGACUGCUCUGUUUAUUUUCAAACUGCUUGGCUGUUGCCUGCUAAGCGCAUGUGUUUUCCCCUGAUGUACUAUACACAUCCUCUAUCAUUUAAAACCCUGCAUUUGGGAGAGAAAAAAAUCAUUGAGAGACAGAAUCAAAGGGUGGGUACCCUGAAAACCAGGCCUCAGUCACCAGGCAACCAAGAGAUCACGUUUCAUAGUUGAAAGAAAAAGAGAGGUGUGUGAGUGUGAAACAGAGAGACGUGGGGUGUCUUCCGUUCUCCAGUUUUGUUUUCUCUCUGCCAUAUGCUCCUCCAUAAUAAACAAAAACAGGUGGUACAUUUCAUAAGAAAUCUUGAUAUUUUGACAUUGAUAAGAGCUUCUCUCUAUGUGUUGAUCUUGGUACCAAACUGCCUUUACUCUUUUUAAUCUAUUCUCUUCUGCACUCUUCUUAUUGUAAACAACGGGAAGUCUAAAUAAUAUAGUAAAGCUUUCUGAACUAUAAUCUUGCUUUACUUGUCACAAGUGAAUCAUGUGUUUGUACUUCCCUAACCCAAGGUCUCUGGCUUCUCUUGAAAUUGUAUUAUCUCCCUGCAAUUUUUCUCAUUCCAUAUAUUCCAUUCAUCAGACUGAAAAGCCCUGAGUCCAAACCUCUUGGGGAAUGGAUGUAAUGCAUCAUUUAAUAUUUGAUACUAACAGCAAACUUUAUGGGACAGCAUAGUUGAUGUCCUCUUGAACCUAGCUGAAAACCCAUGAGGUUGGACUUUGACUGUGGUCUUUUGUGACACUGGAUGCCUGUGUCCUCUGCUUGGUAAGCCCCCUGUCUGCAUGUGCUGACUCUGCUAGUCUGGUUGUGUGUUCUGACCCUGGGGGCUCUCUGUCUCUCUCUGUGCCCAGGCCGUGUGUCUCUGACCCAGGGGGCCUCGCUGCUGGUGGAGGGGCUGAGCCUGGAGGACGAGGGCUGGUUCGAGUGUCGCAUCCUACUCCUGGACCGCACCACAGACGAGUUCCGCAACGGCACCUGGACCUUCCUCUCCAUCACAGGUGCAGCUCAGUGGGUCUCUGUGGCAGUCAGAGGAACUGGACUAGCCCUUACAGGACAGGAAAACCUCCAGCUGCUCACAACCAUCAGUGUUUUCCCUUUAAAAUAUCCUCAGCAUGAGGCUGGAGCAUGACAGUCCCUCUCCUGUUUAUCUUAAAUGGAGUCUUAUUGCAGUGUGUGAGCUGUUGUUGCAUAAUGCUCAGUGUUUUACACAGUGCUCACGUCUCGUCUUUGUCUGGUUCUGCUGUUCACUGUGGGAUGACGUUGACACAGGAGUGUCUGUUAGGAGCCACAGGGGAUGUAGACACAGUGCAUGUGACCUCACCAGGAUAGUGGAGGCUAAAGGGAAAACAGUGUUUUGUGUUGCAGUUUCUCUUGUCCUGCAUCAUUCUCUCCCCCUACUGUCACUCUCUCCUUCUCUCCUUUUCCUAUUCUAUUUUUCCCAUCCACACUCAUAUCAAAACACAUGCCAUUCCAAUUUACUAUCUACCUCCCAUCCUCUCUUUCUUUCCAUUUGUCUAUCUUGUCUUCUUUUCUGCCUCCCUCACGCAUCAAAUAGGAUAUCAUCAGGGCAAGUAUUGUUACAUCCAAGUAAUGCACCUGCUUACUCAACAUGUUUAGGUGAUCAAAGGCCACAACUAGCUUACAGAUGUAGCAAUAACAUCAUUCAUAGUUUCCCAUUAGUUAUCUAAUUGUUAAACAGUAGUUAAAUAACAAGCUAGCUAAUUGUAAUACAUUUGUUUAAAGAUCAACAAAUGUUCCUCUAUUACAGCCCCACCUGUGUUUAUCAAGACUCCACCUACCUUUGUAGAAGUCUUGCAAGGGGAUUCCCUGACCCUCAGCUGUGGUGCCCAUGGCAACCCUCGACCAACUGUUAUCUGGCAUAAAGAUGAGACCCCAAUUGAGAAACAUGAAAAGAUGGCGGUAUGUAAAAAAAGUGUAUGUUUGCUGUUGUUGGAUGAAGUUGUUGGUCAUGAUUCAAAGCAUUGGCAAUCUCUCUCUCUCGCUCUCUCUCUCUCUCUCUCGCUCUCUCAGGUGCUCAAUGGCACCUUGUCUUUGGACACCGUCACCAGAGAGACAUCAGGAAUGUAUAAAUGUCAGGUGUCCAACUCGGAGGGGAAUCUGACCCAUACUACCCAGCUGCAGGUCAAAGGUCAGUGUCUGACUAUCUUUUAACCAUCUGGGAGAGGCAGAAAGGUCCUCCCUCUGCUGACACUUCAGCUCAGUUAGCGCACCUUAAGGGUCUCUAAGGUAUUAACCCCUAAAGUGUCUCUUACAUUAGUCCUUAGAACCGUAAGCCUGGUCAACAAGAUUUUGGUCAUAAAGUCAGUCUAUUCAAAUCAAAUCUAAGACAGUAUAACUGAGGUCAUCACGACAUGAGCGUUGGGUUUGGAUUACAAUCAUGCCCACUUGCCUACUAACACAGGAUUGUAACCCCUAGUGAGAAAUGUAAUGCACGGUGAAACAGCUGCGUGAUUGCACUCUAUCCAAUCAUAGCAGCGAACAUCCAGACAGUGAGACAGACCUGCCCAUUACACAGCACAUUUGGCCCCUAAGCCCUUUAUGGAGUGGCCACUUGCUGAUGUUUCAUAGUGAUCACUCAAGUCUGCCACUGUUUUGGGCAAAAUGAGAAUUGAGACGAUGCACACUUGCAUCCCAACUGCCACUUGUCAAUAUUCCAACAUUCAAACCCCAUUCGCCAGCAUCUUGUGUCCCACCGCGAUCUCGAGACCUUGGGACUAUAAGGUUCUGUCUGACAUUUUUGUCAAAAAUAAGUUAGUCACAUAUAAUUGAUCUUAAGAUGAUUCUUAAGAUGGUUCUGUCUAUGAAGUUAAUUUUAAUUGAAACAAAUGAAAAACUAGAUUAAGGGAAGAGAAAGGGGAUGCCUAGUUAGUUGCACAACUGAAUGCAUUCAACUGAAAUGUGUCUUCCGCAUUUAACCCAACCCCUCUGAAUCAGAAAGGUGUGGGGCUGCCUUAAUCGACAUCCAUGUCAUCGGCACCCGGGGAGCAGUUGUUGUUGGGGGUUAACUGCCUUGCUCAAGGGCAGAACGGAAGAUUUUUCCACCUUGCUGGCUCAUGGAUUCGAACCAGCAACCUUUUGGUUACUGGCCCAACGCUAUUAACUGCUAGGCUAUCAAAACGUUCUAUCAGCAUAAACCCAUUUGAACGUGGCGCGAGAAUGUUCUAUCUGCAAUCCAAUAACAAGCCUGAACAAAUACAGACGGACCAAUCAAAACAUACUGUAUGUCUUUGCCAUCUCGCUCUAAUGCUGCGUGUACGUGCUAGUCAGAACUAGGAAAAAUGUCUGACUUGCUAAGUGGUUGAACGCGGCACGUGUAUAACAGCAACCAGUUAGAAAGUCCUGACGAGCACGUGAAGGUGGCAAAAGUCUUGAAAACUGCUGACAUGCAAAACAUUUUGUGACUGUAUCAAGAGUGGACUAAUGAAAAAAAUACCAAAAGAUAGUUUUUGAGUGGAUUUGUCCUUUAAUGAGCAGCAGAAAAACACAUGCGGAAUCUCUCUUUAAGAGAAGGUAAAAGAGUGCAGAUCAGAGCUACUGUCAUACUGACAUCUAGUGGUGGAUGGUCUAUAAACGCACUGCCCUUGUCACAUCAAAUCUGAUCGUGAAGCUGGUAAUUGGCAUAAGAAUAACUGUAUCAUUAAGGUUAAUCAGUUUAACCACUUGUUUUACAGCCAGAUAAAAUCGUAUAUAUGCAGUAACUGAAACUCUCCCAACUUCAAAAUAGGUCCUCCACUCAUCAUUAUCGCCCCAGAGGACACCACCCUCAACAUAUCCCAGGAUGCAGUUCUACAGUGCCAAGCUGAGGCCUAUCCCUCCAACCUCACCUAUGAGUGGUGGAAACAGGGACAGAAUGUCUACCAUAUCGAGUGAGUUGACUACAACACAAACACACACAAAAACACCAAUUAUAGUAGCAACAGGGAUAUGUGAGAAGCAUACUGCACUCUAUCUAGGUGCUAUCUAGGUUCUAAAAUGGUUCUUUAGCUGUCCCCAUAGGAAAACCCUUUGAAGAACCCUUUUUGCUUCCAGCUAGAACCCUUUUGGUUCUAGGUAGAACCCUUUUGAGUUCCAUGUAGAACACUUUCCAAGUGUGUGUCUUAUGUUUUCAAGCAUUGAUUCGAUGUAAUCUUACAAAGCCAUUGGCACUACAAUACAGGUUAAUUGGAUUGUUAGUAAGUCAGUUAUAUACCGGUAGCAGCAUUGUGACCACAGGUAAUCCUUAGACAAUGGAGCAUAUUACAACUAAGAAGAUACUAACUCAAGGCCAGGUUGUGAUGUGUGUGUGUUUUGUCCUCAGGUAUCUCAAGACACGUGUGAAGAUCCUAGUGGACGGCACACUCCUCAUCCCUAGUCUUGUCCCAGAGGACACUGGGAAUUACACCUGUAUACCAACCAAUGGGCUGAUGACCUCACCCUCUGCCUCAGCACACCUCAAAGUCAAACGUAAGAAUUGUGGUUGACUAUGGCUAUGCAUGCCUUGAUUUCCUGGCUUGUGUGUUUUAGUCCAUCUCUGGGAGAAAGACUUACUGUAUCUACUUCCUCUGUCUCUCUUAGACCCUGCCAGGGUGGGCCGGAUGCCCAGGGAGACGUAUCUACCUACGGGCAUGGAAGGAGUCAUCUUCUGCCCAGUCCAGGCUGAGCCCCCCAUGAUCUUUGUUAACUGGACCAAAGAUGGGAACAACUUAAACCUUGACAAUGUAGGCAAUCAGGGCAACAUGAAUCCUAUCACACAGUAUAUCGAUCAUUAAUCUCUGUUGUAUUUCAUGUUUGUUUUUCUCCUUCUGUCUUUGCCUGCUCAGUUCCCUGGCUGGUUGGUGAACGCCGAGGGCUCUGUGUUUAUAGCCACAGCUAAUGACAAUGCAGUGGGUAUGUACACCUGUACUGCCUAUAACAGCUACGGGACCAUGGGACAGUCUGAACCCACUAAGGUUAUCCUGCAGGUAAGGCUGGUCCCCAGGCCUCUGUUCCCUGGUUAUGGAUUACAGUACUACCUGUAAAUGUGUACAAAGAAAAGGUACCGAAUUUUACUUAAAGGGUUACAAACGCUUGUCACUGUAGGUACCCUGUAAGGUACAGUGGGGGGGAAAAGUAUUUAGUCAGCCACCAAUUGUGCAAGUUCUCCCACUUAAAAAGAUGAGAGAGGCCUCAUCAUAGGUACACGUCAACUAUGACAGACAAAAUGAGAAAAAAUUAUCCAGAAAAUCACAUUGUAGGAUUUUUAAUGAAUUUAUUUGCAAAUUAUGGUGGAAAAUAAGUAUUUGGUCAAUAACAAAAGUUUCUCAAUACUUUGUUAUAUACCCUUUGUUGGCAAUGACACAGGUCAAACGUUUUCUGUAAAUCAUCACAAGGUUUUCACACACUGUUGCUGGUAUUUUGGCCCAUUCCUCCAUGCAGAUCUCCUCUAGAGCAGUGAUGUUUUGGGGCUGACCCUGGGCAACACGGACUUUCAACUCCCUCCAAAGAUUUUCUAUGGGGUUGAGAUCUGGAGACUGGCUAGGCCACUCCAGGACCUUGAAAUGCUUCUUACGAAGCCACUCCUUCGUUGCCCGGGCGGUGUGUUUGGGAUCAUUGUCAUGCUGAAAGACCCAGCCACGUUUAAUCUUCAAUGCCCUUGCUGAUGGAAGGAGGUUUUCACUCAAAAUCUCACGAUACAUGGCCCCUUCAUUCUUUCCUUUACACGGAUCAGUCAUCCUGGUCCCUUUGCAGAAAAACAGCCCCAAAGCAUGAUGUUUCCACCCACAUGCUUCACAGUAGGUAUGGUGUUCUUUGGAUGCAACUCAGCAUUCUUUGUCCUCCAAACACGACGAGUUGAGUUUUUACCAAAAAGUUAUAUUUUGGUUUCAUCUGACCAUAUGACAUUCUCCCAAUCCUCUUCUGGAUCAUCCAAAUGCACUCUAGCAAACUUCAGACGGGCCUGGACAUGUACUGGCUUAAGCCGGGGGACACGUCUGGCACUGCAGGAUUUGAGUCCCUGGCGGCGUAGUGUGUUACUGAUGUUAGGCUUUGUUACUUUGGUCCCAGCUCUCUGCAGGUCAUUCACUAGGUCCCCCCGUGUGGUUCUGGGAUUUUUGCUCACCGUUCUUGUGAUCAUUUUGACCCCACGGGGUGAGAUCUUGCGUGGAGCCCCAGAUCGAGGGAGAUUAUCAGUGGUCUUGUAUGUCUUCCAUUUCCUAAUAAUUGCUCCCACAGUUGAUUUCUUCAAACCAAGCUGCUUACCUAUUGCAGAUUCAGUCUUCCCAGCCUGGUGCAGGUCUACAAUUUUGUUUCUGGUGUCCUUUGACAGCUCUUUGGUCUUGGCCAUAGUGGAGUUUGGAGUGUGACUGUUUGAGGUUGUGGACAGGUGUCUUUUAUACUGAUAACAAGUUCAAACAGGUGCCAUUAAUACAGGUAACGAGUGGAGGACAGAGGAGCCUCUUAAAGAAGAAGUUACAGGUCUGUGAGAGCUAGAAAUCUUGCUUGUUUGUAGGUGACCAAAUACUUAUUUUCCACCAUAAUUUGCAAAUAAAUUCAUUAAAAAUCCUACAAUGUGAUUUUCUGGAUUUUUUUUUCUCAAUUUGUCUGUCAUAGUUGACGUGUACCUAUGAUGAAAAUUACAGGCCUCUCUCAUCUUUUUAAGUGGGAGAACUUGCACAAUUGGUGGCUGACUAAAUACUUUUUUCCCCACUGUACGUCCAUUGUACCAUUAGUUAUAGGUACAUAAUUGUACCCUUGCAGUUCCUUAAAAUAGCCAAUAGUGUACCAUACAGUCCAGUCCACAGGUACAAGAGCAUUUAGCCUUUUUAGGGUACCACCACAAUUUACCAUUACCGAACAGUACCAUGUGAGAUCAUAUACACCGAGUGUACAAAACAUUAAGGUCACCUGCUCUUUCCAUGACAGACUGACCAGGUGAAUCCAGGUGAAAGCUAUGAUCCCUUAUUGAUGUCACUUGUUAAAUGCACUUCAAUCAGUGUAGAUGAAGGGGAGGAGACAGGUUAAUAAACGUCUAUAUAUAUAUAUAUAUAUAUAUAUAUAUAUAUAUAUAUAUACAUAAAGUGCAUUCGGAAAGUAUUCAGACCCCUUGACUUUUUCCACAUUUUGUUAAGUUACAGCCUUAUUCUAAAAUUGAUCAAAUAAAACAUUUUCCUCAUCAAUCUACACACAAUACCCCAUAAUGACAAAGCGAAAACAGGUUUUUAGAUUAUUUAUUUAUUUUAGAUUAUUUAUCAAAAAUAACGUAUUUACAUAAGUAUUCAGACACUUUGCAAUAAGACUCAAAAUUGAGCUCAGCUGCAUCCUGUUUCCAUUGAUCAUCCUUGAGAUGAUUCUACGACUUGAUUGGAGUCCAUCUGGGGUAAAUUCAAUUGAUUGGACAUGAUUUGAAAGGCACAGUUGACAGUGCAUGUCAGAGCAAAAAUCAAGCCAUGAGGUCGAAGGAAUUGUCCGUAGAGCGCCGAGACAGGAUUGUGUUAAGGUACAGAUCUGGGGAAGGGUAGCAAAACAAUUCUGCAGCAUUGAAGGUCCCCAAGAACACAGUGGCCUCCAUCAUUCUUAAAUGGAAGAAGUUUGGAACCACCAAGACUCUUUUUAGAGCUGGCCGCCCGGCCAAAUUGAGCAAUCGGGGGAGAAGGGCCUUGGUCAGGGAGGUGACCAUGAACCCGAUGGUCACUCUGACAGAGCUCCAGAGUUCCUCUGUGGGAGAACCUUCCAGAAGGACAACCAUCUCUGCAGCACUCCACCAAUCAGGCCUUUUGGUAGAGUGGCCAGACGGAAGCCACUCCUCAGUAAAAUGCACAUGACAGUUUGCCAAAAGGCACCUAAAGGACUCUCAAACCAUGAGAAACAAGAUUCUCUGGUCUGAUGAAACCAAGAUCGAACUCUUUGGCCUGAAUGCCAAGCGUCACGUCUAGAGGAAACCUGGCACCAUCCCUACGGUGAAGCAUGGUGGUGGCAGCAUCAUGCUGUGGGGAUGUUUUUCAGCGGCAGGGAGACUAGUCAGGAUCGAGGGAAAGAUGAAUGGAGAAAAGUACAGAGAGAUCCUUGAUGAAAACCUGGUCCAGAGCGCUCAGGACCUCAGACUGGGGCGAAGGUUCACCUUAAAACAGGACAACGACCCUAAGCACACAGCCAAGACAACGCAGGAGUGGCUUCGGGACAAGUCUCUGAAUGUCCUUGAGUGGCCCAGCCAGAGCCCGGACUUGAACACAAUCGAACAUCUCUGGAGAGACCUGAAAAUAGCUGUGCAGCGACGCUCCCCAUCCGACCUGACAGAGCUUGAGAGGAUCUGCAGAGAAGAAUGGGAGAAACUCCCCAAAUACAGGUAUGCCAAGCUUGUAGCGUCAUACCCAAGAAGACUCGAGGCUGUAAUUGCUGCCAAAUGUGCUUCAACAAAGUACUGAGUAAAGGGUCUGAAUACUUACAAUACCAGUCAAAUGUUUGGACACACCUACUCAUUCAACGGUUUUUCUUUAUAGUGAAGACAUCAAAACUAUGAAAUAACACAUAUGGAAUGAUGUAGUAACCAAAAAAGUGUUAAACAAAGCAAAAUAUAUUUUAUAGUUGAGAUUCUUCAAAUAGCCACCAUUUGCAUUGAUGACAGCUUUGCACACUCUUGGCAUUCUCUCAACCAGCUUCACCUGGAAUGCUUUUCCAACAGUCUUGAAGGAGUUCCCACAUAUGCUGAGCACUUGUUGGCUGCUUUUCCUUCACUCUGCGGUCCGACUCAUCCCAAGCCAUUUCAAUUGGGUUGAGGUCAGGGUAUUGUGUUUGUAGCCCAAACGGUUCGGACGCUACAGACAGAAUCAACUCAAUAUUAGGAAGGUGUUCCUAAUGUUUGGUAUACUCGGUGUUUGUACCUCUGAAGGUACAUUAUGUGUAUUUUAUAUUUCUGUACCCCAGGGAACAAUACUGUACCCUAACCGUACCCUUUUUUCUGAGAGUGUAUGGACUUAAAACUCUCUCCCUCUGCAGGACCCACCCUCAUUCUCGGUGUCCCCUCGUCCUGAGUACCUGCAGGAGGUGGGUGGGGAGCUGGUCAUCCCCUGUGAAGCUGAUGGAGACCCCUCUCCCAAUAUCACCUGGAGCAAGGUGAGGUGUCCCCGAUAGACACUGCUGAAGGAACCACAGACAUCAUAGCCCUCUCUCUCUCUCUGUCUACUUACGCUAAUCUCUACAUGUUGUCCCUUUCAUUUGUAGGUUGGUCCCAUUCCUCGCUCCCCAUACACUGUGCUGUCCAAUGGCUCCCUCUACUUGAAGCCUCUCAGCAAAGACCACCAAGGGGGCUGGGAGUGCCUUGCCACCAACCGUGUGGCCACCAUCGGCACUGCCACUGUGGUCUUGGUGCUGGGUGAGUGCCCACUGCAUGGAGCAACAUGGUACAAGACAUGCUAUACUAUUUACAUACACACUAGUGUAUACAUUUCCACUGGUGUAUUCUCAUUGUCCUCCUCAUCCUCCUCCCAGGCACCAGCCCUCAUGCUGCCUCAUCUGUAUCUGUCAGUACUGGGAUGAACCAGGCCAAUGUGUCCUGGGAACCUGGCUUUGAUGGAGGAUACACCCAGAAGUUCACUGUCUGGUUAGUAACUAAUCUCAAUGUUUAUCAGAAUGAUACUCAACUCAACGCUGCCCUCUGGAACAUGGGGUUGAAUCUCUGUGUCCCACCCUCUUGCCCCCAGGGUUAAGCAGGCUUCCAGGGGGAAACAUGAGUGGGGAUCUCUCUCCGUGCCCACUUCCAAGUCCCACCUGUUGGUGACAGGGCUGCUGGCUGGCACCAGCUACCAGUUCAGUGUCCUUUCUCAGAACAAACUGGGCUCCGGACCCUUCAGUGAAAUCACCUCUGUCAGGACGCAUGGUCAGUACAAAUUUUAACUGACAAAGUACUUUUUAAUUUGUCUGUAUUGGACACUGAUCUACAGUCUGAUCUUAUCCUGUCUCUCCUCCACAGCCCUGCCAACAUAUCCACCGACAGUGGUGACCACUCAACCAACUCUCGACCCUCCCUUGUUCCUGUCAGCCAAUCGGACAGUGCUGGGGAUUGUCCUGCAGUGGUAUUCUCCUGAGUCUCAGGCCACACUCCUCACUGGGUAUGUCCUCCAGGCUCGACGGGACAGAGGCCAAUGGGUCAUUCUCAACAGUGCUGUGAAGGCCAACCAGAGUGAACUACUGGUGCAAGGAUUACUGAGGGUGAGAGGCAAUGAUAAUUUUGGACCUUGGCAGAAUGAAUGAAGACACUGACUAUUUGAUAAAUGAGGUGUAAUGAUAAAUAAAUUAACUGUAAUCUGAAGGCCAUGACCUCCAAGCUUUAAUGUGUUUUCAGAUACGUUGCCCAGAAUUGUGUCUAUUGAACACUAGUCCUUCUCCCCUCUCCCCUCUCAGGACAGCAAUUACGAUCUGAGAUUGAUGGCUCGCAGUAACAAACUACUGAGUGAGCCCAGUGAGUCUGUCAAUGUGAACACCACAGGUUAGUAUCAUUAUUGUACAGCCAGCUCUGGUCAACUGUAUGAUAGAAACACUGUUUAGUUUCAUAAAGCCUAGACUAAACAGUCCUAAAUAUUAUGUAGCAGGUAUAUAAAUUGUGCUUGAUAAUAAUCAAUGUUCAUAACACUGGUCAUUAUGUUGAUAAAUGUAUUACGUAGGUAUUUCUGAUUGUUAGCCAAAAGCAUGGCUGUCUCUACACUGUUGGUAGUGCAUUACUCAGACACUAUGCCUGGUAUGGUUGCAGGGAUGGAGAUGUACCCUGUCCGGCCAGGCUUCCUGGAGUUUGUCCCUGAGCCCCUAUUGGCUGGUGUGUUGGGCGGAGUGUGCUUCCUGUUCGUGGCCAUCAUCCUCUCCUUGGUGACAGCCUGUGUUAUGAGUCACAGAAGAGCCCAUCGGCGCAGGAAGAGGAGAGAUGGUAAAGACUGCUGUAUCCUAACAUUUCUCUGAUACUAAGACAGACAAUUUCAAGCUUUUGUUUUAUUAGAGGUUAUCUUUAAGAAAGUAUUUUCAAAGCCUACUAAGCCUACUACUCCAAGGCUUUGGAGUUCCAAAGCCUUGGUGACUGGAGCAACUCUUUGUAACUGUCAAGUGGUUCCUUUGCAUGCUAUGCAUGUUAAUCUACACUGAGUACACAAAACAUUAAGGACACCUGCUCUUUCAAUGACAGACUGACCAGGUGAAUCCAGGUGAAAGCUAUGAUUCCAUAUUGAUGUCACUUGUUAAAUACACUUCAAAUCAGUGUAGAUGAAAGGGAGGAGACCGGUUAAAGAAGGAUUUUUAAGCCUUGAGACAAUUGAGACAUGGAUUGUGUGUGUGUGCCAUUCAGAGGGUGAAUGGGAAAGACAAAAUGUUUAAGCGCCUUUGAACGGGGUAUGGUAGUAGGUUCCAGGCGCACUGGUUUGUGUCAAGAACUGCAAUGCUGCUGGGUUUUUCACACUAUACAGUUUCCCAUGUGUAUCAAGAAUGGUCCACCACCCAAAAGAAAUCCAGCUAACUUGACACAACUGUAGGAAGCAUUGGAGUCAACAUGGGCCAGCAUCCCUGUGGGAUGCUUUCGACACCUUGUAGACACCUUGUUCGACACCAUGCCCCAACAAAUUGUUUACUCAGUGUAUUUCAGUUGACAGCAUUUCUUUUCAUCCCAUCUAUUUGUUUAUUUUACAUGUGCCAUUGUUUGACCUUUUCACCCUUCCCCGCCUUUUCAGAUCUCCCCUCUGCCUUCCAGAAGAGUCCUUCUCCAGAGUAAGUUCCCAUCCUUACCAGCAUGUUUCCCUCAUUGCAUUGGCUGUCUUCUCACCAACCCACGUUUCAUUCUUGUGUAUUUUUUUGAGAAUCAUUGCAAAUGAAUGUGUAUUUAUUUGAUCUGCUACUCAUAACAAGCAUAACUAUUUGUAUCCACUGAAUGCAUCCUUACAUAUUGUUCUUCUAAGCUUGAGACAAUAAUGUAAUAAUGCAUUAACCUGUACUGUUUAACUGAACUCAUCUCUCCUCCUUUAUGACUCUUCUCUUCCUCAGAGCUCGCUCGCCUUCUGACAGCCCCGACAGCGUCCUGAAGAUGAAGUUGUGUCCUCCCCUGUCUUUCUUCCCCAACUCCUCGUAUUCCCAGGCUGAUCGUUCCUCCUUCGAUAAAGGCAGCAUUGGAGAGUACCAGGACCAGCGCAGGCAGCUCCUGUCCAGCUCUUCUUCCCCACCACAUUACACCCUCUUUGAGAGCCACCUGGGGGGUAAGGCCCCCUCACCGUCUGCUCUGGAGUCCAUCUUAAGAGGCCCAGAUGGACGUUUCAUUGUCCAACCCCUGCCAGAGGCGUCUACUCUUUCUAACAUGAAGAAAAACGUGAAAACAGUCUUCCUACAAACCCAAACCAAUGGGGGAGGCAGCGGCACAGGGAGCAACCAGACAUCUUUCAGAGGCUCUCCAAAGUCCAGCAGUCUGAGCUCUGAGAGGGGAGAGAGAAAGGACUCCCCCCUGACAGUGGAGGUUACAGAACUCAGCAAGCCCCCUGCUUCCCCGGGUAGAGUGAGGGCAAUGGCCAGGAACUUCUCCCGUCAUGGCUGCUUCUACUCUGAUGACGAGCAGGGCUUCUCAGAAGCUCUGCUGGAGAGAGCCAGUUUCCACUCCGACAGGAGUGAGAAGAGAGCAUGUGACUCCCUGAAAAGAUACCGAUCUGGGCACCCAGAAGACAUCUUCCCCAGCCUGGGCAGGAGAGCCAGACUGCUGGAGAGGGACAGGCAUCACCAAGCAGACUACCAACCCAUGGAGAGAGAGAGCCAGCUGACCAAUGCCUGCACACUGGUCUCACAGAUUGACACAAGUGAACAAGAGCAGGAUAACCUCAGAAAGUGUCUGCAGCUGGCCAAAGAGAGGGAGAUGAGGGAGUUGGAUACCUAUACCGCCAGCCAGAGGGCAAGGGAGCGGGAGAAAGAGGAGAGACAGCCUGAAAAGGCAGCAAGCCCUAACAGGGAACUGAGCAGUUCAGGGGCUGAGGAUCCUAUAUGGAAGCCACAGGACAUUACCUUACGUCCCAAAGCCCACCGGGCAUCCGGGCAGACCCAUCAGCUGUCGGACUAUAGGAGGGCCUGCUACUUUGGGAACACCAGCAGCCCAAUGGACCGGCUCCCUUCCUCCUACAUCCAAUGGGACAUCAGCCCAGUCACCUCUAUCAACAGCCUUAUCCCAGUGCAGAGCCCCUUAGAGAGCACCACACCGAGGUCCCAAUAUCCUCACCAACGUCAUGCUGGGCCAGCCAUGGAGGACUCACUACCUGUGGACUGCUCACGCUGCCCAGUCACUCAAUGCACCUCUCCAUCUCUGCUCUCCCCUACCUCAGAAAGCCCACCUAUCAGUCAAGGAACAGCCAGAAACAUAGGCAGAGCCAGGUCAAGGAGUCCUGACAGAACUGUAGAAAGAGAGCAGGACAUGUAUCGUAGAAGGUCAAUGGUUGAGGAGGGCUGGAGGGAGACAAAGCAGCCAGGGGGAGGUGCCUUAAAGUCAAGAUUGUCCUUUGCUAAUGGUACACAGCAUCUGGAGCCAGAAGCUGAAAGAUCUAUUUCAGCAGAUCGAGUGAGGGCCACAAGUUCGGGCCAGCCUUACCCAGGCACUGCACCAUACAGUCUGUCUGAGAGAACAGAGACAAUAGAUGAUAGGGAGAGAUUAAAUCAGAGUCCCUCUGGUUACUCUACCUUGCCCUAUGAGCUCCACAAAGCAGGGGCCAAAGGGAAAGUGAGAGAUGAUCAAAUUGGGGAAGACCUUCAGAGUUCACUGUCAUACCCUGAGCAGGAGAGAGAGGGUGUCAGAGCACGCUCCAGAAGGAGUGAUAGGGCUCUUUUUAGUGACAGCCCCAGUCACAUUUCCCCCUUAACCCUUCUGGAAGAGUGUGAGAGCGAUCAGUCCCAGUUCUCUGUAGCCAGAGUAUCAGAGUCUUUCAAGAAUAAGCCGGCAACCCAGGCACUCAAAAUGUCCCCACUGCAGACAAGUGCGAUUCUGGAGUAUUUGAGCCUCCCAGGUUUCAUUGAGAUGAGUGUGGACAACCCUGGGGAUGAAUCUGAACUCAUAGACACUGCUUGCAAAAGCGUAGAGCCACAGACAGAGACUUCUCUGGAAGGUAAGCCAGACGUGGUUCCAAAAAGACUGGGAUGUUCAUGUGCAGGAGAACCUAGAGACAAGUUCAAGCCAAAAAACUGUUUCUUUUUUAGAAAACAGACACUUUGUUGGUCCAGCAGGAACUUCAAAGGCAACUGAGAAGCCCGACUAUAGAUACUCUCUGCAAGUGCAAGCAAGAGAUUCAAGCCACAGCGCUGGGAUUCCAGACAAGUCAAAAAAACUAUCACCCGGUUCAGAAUACACAGGGAAUUAUCGUUAUUAUGAGCAGUCACAAACACUUAUUAGUCAAAAGACCACAGGCUCAGAGAGACCACCAUCGAGAAUGGGUUUAUGUCCAGCCCAGACAUUGGUUGGUGCAGAUAAAAGCAUGGCAGAAGUUGUGUCAAAACACACUAAUACUUUUGCAGGGAAACCAGAGUCAGCUUCAGAACAAUCCCAAAGACUUCAUUCUCAGGGCAACAGGACUAAUAAAAUAGCCUCUAGGAUCUAUCAACCCCCUGCACCGUUCAUCAAGAAAUCUCUGAGCAUUGGCCCCUGCAGAACACUUUCAGGCAUGGGACAGCCUCGUCCAUUCCUAAAAAAGUCCAUCAGCUUAGGGUCACAGAAAUGGGAGCAUUUUGAAAGUCCAAGGACUUAUGUCUCAGAGAAAUGUUACUGGGAUGAGUUCCCAAACCCAGACGUCCGGGUCAAGUCGUAUAGUUUAGGAAGCACCCCUGCAUCCUCCUUCUCCAGACCAGGCCCCUUGUGGCGGGAAGGGGUCCCGUUUAGACAGCCGAGGGUAGGAAGCUUGGAGAAGCCUCUGUAUGCUGACAGAUCCUUGGAGAGGCCUCGGUAUGACAGACCCCUAGCCAGCUCUUCCUAUACCUACCUCAGCCCCUCCAUGUACCCAGCAAGACAACCCCCAGCCUCUGUUAGACGAGACUUAUCUGAUCCGUGUAGACAGGCCACUGCUUAUCCUGAUGCCUCCAGGUCGCCUAUCACAUAUCAGGAUGCUCUGAGGUCUGUACAGCACAGAUAUGUCUCUAUGAACUCCUCAAUACCCCAGUACCCACCCAGACUAGACCAGUACCCACCCAGACCAGACCAUUACACACCCAGACCAGGCAUGAGGGGGGACUACCCCAGACCGAUGGAGUCCAAGAGGGGCCCACCGAGGCCCGACCUGCCCCGGAUGUACAGCUGGCCCUCACACUACCAUGGUGGCCCUUUCCCAGCCAGAGAUGUAGAUAGUCAUAGAGAGGCAGAGAGAGGGACAGGGAAGGGGGCAGGGGCUGAGGCAGAGAUGAGAGACAACAGGGAAGGAGGGAGGGCCAGUUAUGCCAGUCAGAGCAGUGGGAGAGGUAGCAUUGGCCUCCUCCGUCAGUCCCUCUCUAUCACUCCCACCCUUCUCAGCUCCCCAGAGACAACAGAGGAAAGUGAGACACAGACACACAGAGCCGAGAUGGAUCUACGUGAGCAGAGAAAAAAAAGGUGAAACUACCGCACCAGUCCAACAUCACACACAGAUGUCUUCACAGCUAAAGAAAUUGAGGAUAUUGCCAAAAUGCCAUUGAUUAACUUUUAAAUUAUUGCUAUUGUCCCCUGUAUGUCUGACUCUGACCACUUGUUUUGUGUGUCUGUCACUAGAAGGAACACAUCAGUAGAUGAGAGUUAUGAGUGGGAUUCCGCUGAUGUCUGUGUGGAUUUGGAAGUCCUGGAGGCCAUGAAGCCACAGGCAGGGGUAGGGAAGGGCAGGGGGGAGGGCAGGCAUGAUCAACCCCGUUCUGUGGCUGGCCUCCAGGACCUCUACAGGAAAGGUAAGACAAUUGUAUUUUAUUACUCACCACACUGAAUGUAUCAUAUCAUGAGUGAAUACAUGUGCCUUUUGUUGUGGUUGUGGUGAUGUGAGCUGUACCCAUGACUCUUCCCAUUCCAUGCUGUUCCUCUCGAUCCUGCCCCUCAGGCCUUCCUCCCUCAAUCAGUCCACCAGUUUCCAACCUACCUCACUGCCAAUACACCCGCUCCCUAAGUGAGGCACGCUUCAACGCACUCCGCCUGGAGUACCAGGAGUACAGGCGCUCUCAGGGAUCAUCCUGCCCCAGUGAUCCCUGCCUCCCCCCCGACACAGACUCUGACUCCAACUCAGCGCUGCUC